CGAAACUGCUGAUAGCAAUCAAACACUGAAAUAUGUCAGCUUCCGGCACUAAAAUGUGGACUUUCACUUUGGUUUUUAUCCUGACAUUUUCCCUGCCUAUUACACUUGCCCUUGAAGUGAAAGAACCACCUACAAUAGGUAUUGUCGGCGGGGGCAUCGGAGGAACUUCUACGGCCUAUUUCCUCAGACAGCUGUUUGGUAAUGAUGCUAAAAUUGACAUUUUUGAGAAGCGGCACAUAGGAGGAAGGCUAGCCACACUCACCCUUGGUGACCACCAGUUUGAAGCCGGGGGAACUCUUAUUCAUCCCAAAAAUAUGUACAUGGUCAACUUUACCAAGUUAUUAGGUCUGGAGCAGAUACAGGUUGGUGGGGGAACCUUUGGGAUUUUUGAUGGGAGCUCCAUGAGGGUGACAAGCAGCAAAUACAGCCUUGUCACAAUGGCCAAGCUCUUUUGGAGAUACGGCAUGGACAUCUAUAAUAUUGACUCAUGGAUCAAUGAGAAACUCCUAAGUAAAUUCAUGAGGAUUUAUGACAUUCAGAGAGCAGGUCAUGCCUACACAACUGUUCCUGACCUGAUUGGUGCAAUGGACCAAGCCUUUGUUUCCUACAUGAAGAAAUCCAUCAAGUUUGUAAUGAAGACUGCGGGUUUUGGUGAUGCGUUUAUUGAUGAAAUGGUCAUGGCUGCCUUAAGAACAAAUUACGGUCAAAAUACAGAAGUGCCAGGCUUUGUAGGAGCUGUAUGUAUGGCUGGAGUACAACCAGGACUGUGGGCCGUCAAGGGAGGUAAUAAACAGGUGCCCCAGAAAUUAGUGACAGAGGCCAAGGCUCAGGUCAUUCAGGGGACAGUCAUGUCAGUCCAACUCCUGCAAUACCAGGAUAAAACUUACAGGGUGGAGUACGUCGAUUCCGAAAAGAAGGAACAACACAAAGAUUACGACAUCGUUAUCAUUGCAACGCCUUUACAUGAUGAAAUGUCUGAAAUUGAUUUUGAAGAUUUCCCAAGUCCUAUUGAAAAUUUUCCUCAGAAAUAUCAUAAGCUCACUGCUACCUUUGUAGAAGGAACACCAAACUCUAAAUAUUAUGGCAUUGAUAAUGCAGAGGAAGUGCCUACGGAAAUUUUAACCUGUAACGACACAAUUCUAGUCAAUUCUCAGGGUAAAAAAGAAGAUGUUCUUGGAAAUCCAGCAAAUGUUUACAAGGUUUUCUCUAAUGUACCACCAAGUGAGGAGAAUAUAAAACAAAUGUUUACCAGUAAAAAAGACAUUAGAAUGUUUUCUAUGAUGGCCUACCCAGAAUACUCCACAGUCGGGGAAGAGUUACCCCCCUUUGUGCUUCAUGAUUCACUCUAUUAUUUAAAUGGUAUAGAAAUGGCCGCUUCUGCCAUGGAAAUGAGUUCUAUUGCAGGGAAAAAUGUGGCCCUGUUGGCAUACAAUCACUGGCAUGGAAAUCUAGAUAAAAUUGAUGAGCCUUAUUUAGACCCAGCCUUGGAAAAAGACAAAACAGAACUCUGAACAGUGCAAUGGUUAGGAAUAUCUUGUAUGUUAUACAUACAAACAAAUAAUUUUGAAUUAGAAGUAAUGUUAAAUAUCUUUAGUUUCAGAGAUUCAGUUAUCCAUGGGAUUUCACACUUCUGUUGUAAUUUUUUGUUGUAAUUUUGUGUGUAGUUCAUUGUGAAGUCAUUGUUUACUUUACUGGGAAGCAUGCAUGUAAGAGACUAAAUUAUUAAGUUUGGGGUUAGUUUUAUUGUUUAUGUAUCUGUUUAUAUUGUAUAUUGUAAUACUUUUAAAAAUGUGUUCCUAUACGAAUCUAUACAAAAAAGUGAAACAUUUCUAAUGUUUUACUGAGCAGGCAUAAAAAAUUGAUGUUUUACCACUCAUUGAGAUGUUGGACCUGCCAUUGAGAUGUUGGACAGACAGAUUGUUUUUUUGGGUCCAACAAAAGGCAUGCUGCCUUCGAACUCAGUCAAUAAAUGUAUACUGUAUCACAUAUUAUUUUGAUCAAACAACUGGGGAUUUUGUAUGAGGUUUUUUUUUUUGGUGCUUGUUAGUCAUUCAUUAUGUCAUCAUAAUACUACAUGUAUUUAUCAAUUCAUCUCUAGCUCUUAAUAUUAUCAAUAAUUUUUUUUCUUUAUUUUGAAUCGUCAUAUAUUACAAUUUGACACACAGCAGGUAAUUAAUUCAUGCAAGUCUAACUUUCUUUGCAAUAACCCCUGACAUUUUUUCAUUGUACAUGUAUAUUCAUUCACAUUUUCAAUAAUUAUCGUAUGAAAUAAUACUAGUCAGUGUUUUCAACAUACAUGUGUUUCCCCAUUUAUUGUCUUUUUAUGAAGUAUAAUGUAUCAUGUCAUUUUAUUUCUAACUUUUGAAUCAGGAGACAUCUUCUAGUCCAGUUGAUACUGGUAUGAUGUAUUUAUAUUUUGUCAACAAACUCAUCAUGGGAACUUAUGUCUCAAGAUAAAAUAUUCACCGAUUGACGGGUUGAUGUCAGUUAGUACGUUUUAAUCUUUUUUGUUGACAUUUAUUAAUAAGUGGGUUAUGGGAGUAUAUAGGGAUUCAAUCAUAUGAAUUUGAAUAUGUAGAUUUGAGGGCACAUCCCUAACACUGUCUUCAGUGCUAAAUGACACCCCUAUUUAGUAUUGCUUACUACAGUAUAUUAUGGCUUUCACAUUCCAUACUUUGAUCUUCCACUUGUUUUAGAGCAAUUACCGGUAAUCUUAGAUGUUAUGAUAUAUGGUGAAUAUUGAUAUGUCAGUGCUGGUAACAUCUACAUUUGAUUGGAUAAAUAUUAUGGGUAAAUGUAUUGUGAUUAAAAUGUAUUAUACUGGUAUGUUUAAAUUUUUAUCAUACUGACUUACUCUAUCAAGUACAAUGAAGCGCAUUGAAGUGGUAAAAUUUCCUGUUUGCAUGGAACGUUUUGAGCUAUCUUUAGAACGUUGAUUGUCAUAUGAUGACAUGCCCAUUUCUUUAGAAAAGAAAAAUCGGUCAAAUAGUUCAUUCGAAUACCUGUGGAACAGGUAUUCCAUAAAUAUAAUAGCCAAUCAAAUUGAUGGUCUACUUUAACACAGAGUAAGCACGUGUUCGACCAAUACACAUGUUAUGGAAACUCCAAUAAACACGAUAAAUUCAUAUUUAUGUACAGAUUCGUUGCAAUACGUGUUUUCCAGAAGCUGGAACUCUCUAAAUCUCUCUCUUAUAACUUUGAAAAUCUCGGAUUUUGGUUGUAACUCAUGUUGCUCAUCGCAAAGAAUGGGGUGUCUUAAAACAUUACGACGAAUAUUUCUUGUUCGUUCUAAAAAAAAAAAUGGGCAUGUCAUUAUGUUAUACUGCAGUAAUUGACGUUCAAAAUAUGACUCAGAACGUUUCAUCCAAACGGAAAAUUUUACCAUUUCAAUGCACUUCAAUGAUUGUAUUUACCUAUCAAAUGAAAGCAUUGGUGCACAAAGUUCAUUUUGUCAUAUCAGCAAGAAUUACUACUAUUUUGACACUUAUGUUAUUUAUACCUAAAAGUUAUUCUUAAAGUUGGAACAGGUGAAAUUAGUAUGUUUAUUUAAAAUCAGUAUGGACAGUUGAAAUCAGUUUGAACCAUUGAAUCAUAUUUAGACUUGCAAAAUUAGUAUGGGCAGAUGAAAUCAGAAUUUCAGUAUGGACAGUUGAAUCAUUAGUAGACAGUUGACAUCAGUGUGGACAGUUGAAUCAUUAUUAGACAGUUGACAGCAAUGUGGACAGUUGAAUCAUUAUUAGACAGCUGAAAUUAUUAUGGACAGUUGAAUCAUUAUUAGACAGUUGACAUCAGUGUGGACAGUUGAAUCAUUAUUAGACAGUUGACAUCAGUGUGGACAGUUGAAUCAUUAUUAGACAGCUGAAAUUACUAUGGACAGUUGAAUCAUUAUUAGACAGUUGACAUCAGUGUGGACAGUUGAAUCAUUAUUAGACAGUUGACAUCAAUGUGGACAGUUGAAUCAUUAUUAGACACUUGACAUUAGUUUGGACAGUUGAAUCAUUAUUAGACAGCUGAAAUUAGUAUGGACAGUUGAAAUCAAUGCAACUGGUGAAAUCAGUGUGGACAAUUGAAAGAACAUCUGAUUUCAGUACUGUAUUGACAGGCACAGACAG